AUGAGUGUUCCUGCAGCUCUGUGUGUGAGUGUGCAGGUGGAGAGGUUUGUCUGCAUUGUCUGUGCUCAGCAUUGUCAUCCAGAGGCAGGCUGCCUGUGCUAUAGGAGGCUGCAGCUGCUGGUAAUACAAGCAAGUGGACACGCCAGGCCCGGGGACGAGGGGAAGGUGGAGAAAGCUGUGAAGGAAUUCCGCUCGCUCAGUCUGCUCAGCAUGAGGGGCCCCUCCGGACCACCCCCCUACAUGGUGUCCCCCGCUUGCGAGACCACAGAGCCAGAAUGGAGGGACAGCACAGAGGUCAUGGCCCAGGCACGCAGGAGGAAGAACAUCACAGAGUUCCUGGGGGACUCCAGCAUCCCUCUCCCUGACUCCCUGCCCCAGCACAGCGCCUCUCUGCCCAGCAGCGUGGGAUUGGAGGCUCUGGGUGGCCCGGGGGGGUCCGGGUCAGAGAAGAGGAAGAACAAAGCGGCCAGCAGGUUCAGUGGGUUCUUUGGAGCUGCGGCCGGAGCGGGACCCUUCAACAAGGAGCUGGACCGCAUGGAGCUGCUGCAGAGCAAGCUGCACACCUACACCACGCUGGGGCUGCCCAAGAUGCCGAAACAGCUGCUCUUCCAUCAGGACUCCUGGGAGGAGGAGGAGGAGGAGGAUCCCGGCCUGCCCCUGGAGGAGUCCUGGCAGCAGCUCAUCGAUGCCCCGCAGGCCCUGAGCAUGAAACAAUGCCACCAGCAGGAGGCGAUCUGGGAGCUGCUUCAGACUGAGGCCCUCUACAUCAGGAAGCUCCGAGUCAUCACUGACGUGAGCGUCUCGUUCCUGUGCACCUUGCUGAGCCUGCAGGAGUCUGGGCUGCUGCUCGAGGUGCAGCCCAAGCGGCUCUUCAGCAACAUCGGGGAGAUCCUGCAGCUGCACCGCGCGCUGUGGAGGGAGGUGAUGGCACCACUGCUGGAGACAGCGCGCCGGGAACGGAGCCUGCUGAACCCGGACCAGCUGCACAGCGGCUUCAGCACGUUCGGCUCACGGUUCAAGCCCUAUACUCGGUACUGCAUGCAGCAGGAGGACUGCAUGGACUACAUGAGGGGUCUGCUGAGAGACAACGAGCUGUUCAGGACCUACAUCACGUGGGCAGAGACUCACAAGCAGUGUAACCGGCUCAAGCUGACAGACAUGCUGGUGAAGCCCCACCAGCGCCUCACCAAGUACCCGCUGCUGCUGAAGAGCGUGCUCAAGAAAACAGAGGCGCCCGAGAGCCGGGACGCUGUCAGCAGCAUGGUGGGCUCGGUCGAGCGCUUCAUUAACCAGGUGAACUCGCGGAUGCGCCAGCGGCAGGAGCAGCAGAGGCUGGCUGCCGUCACGGGGAGGAUCCACUUAUCCGAGGUGGUGGAGGGGGGCAGCGACGAGGUCGACAAGAUCCUGCGUGGUUUCUACCGCUUCGAUCUCACCAUGCCCAUGAGGGGCACCUCCCCGGACGAGAGCCGGCAGCUGCACCUGGAGGGGGCGCUGCGCAUGAAGGAGGGCAAAGACAGCAAGAUGGAUGUGUACUGCUUUCUGUUCACUGACCUGCUCCUCAUCACCAAGCCGCUGAAGCGUGCCGAGCGAGCCAAGGUGAUCCGGCAGCCACUGCUGUUGGAGAACAUCGUGUGCCAAGAGCUCAAGGACCCCGGAUCCUUCCUGCUGAUCUACCUGAAUGAGUUCCAGAGUGCAGUGGCAGCGUACUCCUUCCAGGCCAGCAGCCAGGCACUGAGCCAGGGCUGGGUAGAGGCUAUCUGCAACGCACAGACCCUGCUGGGGCGGCUGCGUGCUGAGGAGGUGCAGAGGGGGGAGGAGGAGGGGAAGGGACGGGACCCCGAGAGCAGGACCUCCACAGCCAGCUCCCCCAGUACGACUUGCAGGAACCAGAGGGACUCCCAGCACAGCUCCACGGAGACGAUCCAGGUGGAGGUGCAGGACGCGGGCAGCGAGGCCUUAUCAUCGUCCCCCGAAUCGGAGCGGGGGGGUCCCUUCAGCUCCCCCUCCGAGGGGGAGACCGCGUCGCUGAGCACCAACUCCAUCUCCUCCGAGACCCCCACACUCGCACAGAGCCCCCCGCGCUUUCAUGUCCCGCCAGCAGAGGAGGAGAGCAGCCUGGCCACGCAAGGGUCCAGACCAGCCAGCCGGAGCCUCCCCGUUCCCACAGCCAGCUGCAUCCGCUCAGCCUCCAUUGACAGCGCCUACGGGACCCUCUCCAACGCCUCUCUGAUGAGGAGGAGAGAGGAGGAAGGGGAGACCGAAGAGGAGGAGGAGGAGGCAGAGAAGAGCAGGGCCUCCAAUCGCCCCCAAAAAAUCAGACCCUCCUCUUCUUCCUUGUCGUCCUCCUCCUCCUCCUCCACCCGGCUCUGCCGCCAGCCCCCGGUCCAGCCUCGAACCCUGUAUCAGCGGACCAGCCCCCUGCAGUCCAAAUCGGAGGCCAACCUGCUGGAGCUGGCAUCCCGAAACAGGCUGCAGCAGAGCGGAGGAGCGGGAGGGAUGGAAGGAGGAAGCGCCCUGAGCAAGAGUCUGACCCAGCUGUGCGACACCCAAGCGGGCACUGAACCGAGAACACAGCCUGCUUUCUAUCAGGAAGAGGAGGAGGAAGGGGGGCAGUGUAAGCACUGUGGCAGGACCAGCAGGGUGGCAGACUCCCUAAAACGGGGGCAGAGGUCAGGUAAAGCUCUGGGCAGCAGCUGUAGCAGCAGCGGCUCUGAGCUAAAGGAGGGAGAGGCCGGGGAAACAGCGCACCACACAGCCCGGGAGGAGCACUGCAGCUGCCUUUGCACACGGGGUGAUGUCACAGCCCCCAGCCCCACCCUCAGCCCACACAGCCAAUCCCUGAGCGAGCACGCUGGCGGCGGUGUUGCCGUGGAGACCGGAGUUGCCAAGCAGACCCAACACAAGAAGCUGACCCUGGCCCAGCUGUACAGGAUCCGGACCUCGCUGGUUCUGAACUCCACGCUCACAGCCUCGGAGGUGUAGCCGGCGCUCCGGGUUGGGAAGCUGCUCCAGGGAACGGCGAGCGAUCCUGCCGCGUCUCCGAGAGGAAUUUCAGACGAGGGAGACGCAGCUUGCAGCAGGACUUGUGACUCAGCGACGCAAAUGCACUGAAAUGGGGGAGGGAAACUUGAGCCCCCCCCCCACUUUUUUUUCUCUCUUUAAUACCAAAAAUACUCUGUGUGUGUGAGAGGCACAGACACGACUAUUAUUAUUAUUAUUAUUAUUAUUAUUAUUAUUAUUAAUUAUAACAACAGUAAUAUAAAUAAGACUGCUUUCCUUGACGUUUUGCACUUUGUAACAUUGAGGAGUUUAAAAAGACCUAUGUGAGGAGCAAUACAAAAAUAGACCAAAGAGAGAAAGAGAAAGAGAGAGAAAGAGAAAGAGAGAGAGAGAAAGAGAGUGACGUCUCUGAAAGUUUCAGACGAUGAAAUACAAAAAUUGGAGGAAACAAAUGAUGAACUUUGACCUCUCUGAUCUGGGACUGCCUUCCGAGAGCAGGACACUGCGGUGACCUGAGGACAGACAGAGACAGACGGACGGAUUGAGGGAGAGAGGAGGAGAUUGGAAAUCACGAUUCACUUUCAAACUAACCACUGCAGGAGCGGAGAAGCUUCACAGUGAUUGCACUGUGGAGACACAGCACAGCAGAACUGCAUCGUUUGAAUGUCCUGCUGAUGAAAAGAGAGAGAAAGGUUUGUGCCAGCUAAAAAUAAUAAUAAUAAUAAUAAUAAUAAUAAUAACUACUGUGUUUACAAUCUAAAGCUUUGUUCUUGGGACUUGAAUGUCACUCGCUGGCUGUAAUCCUGCAAUCACAUGAUGUACAGUUAAUACAAAAACGAAAAAUCAGACAAGCGCUCUGCCUGAAACACUGGCCUAGUUUGGCAGCCAGUACUGGGGUAUUGUGUUCUUUAGAAAUGAUGCCACCCCCUCCAAGCAGGAACCACAGGCAAUGAGAAAACUAAAAUUAAAAACCCUGUUUCAAAACUAAACCGACCUGCUGUGGGAGACCAGGUUUGUUCCUGGAGCCUCGGAACUGAUUCCUGAAUCUUGCAGUUUUAUUAAAACACUUGAAACAGCCGCAUUGUCCCUUUAACAGUGGCCCUGUGUCCCCUCUCCUGAGAAAGCUUCAAGAUUCCUGCAUUUUGUUUAGUUUAUCUCCUGUAGUCUAGAAAGCCACAGGCUCUUUGUCUCUAAAAGGCUGCUAGAGUAAGAGCACAGUGACAGCACGGUACAGCACAGGCGAGCAUUGUAAAGAACAGCGAGGGAUGGUACAGCAUAAUAGUAAAGCAGGGCAGACUAUGGGAAAUGCAGAUUCUAUCCAUGGGAAAGCAGGGGGUGGAAGCGGCAAAGAUACUGUGGUAAACUAUCAGGGAGCGGGCAGCGCAUCACUGAGCACUCACCUGGGCUCCAUCAGCCAGCGUCUGCAUACAAAAGCAAAUGCCAGCUAGUGAUCUGCCACGCGGCACCACACUCCUUUGGUUUCCACGACAGGCAGCUGCAGCUCCAGCCAAACCUUUUGCAUCCCCUGGAGCUCUAGGAUUGAGAUGAUUGUUUGUUUUUUUUUGAUAAAAUCACUCAGGACAACGGCAAACAAUCAAUCAAAGACAUUUUAAACGUGGAGCUUCCUGCAGAGGGAGGGAGGCGCGGCCACUGGAACAGCCCUCGGUGGAUCAGCUCCCUCCCUGUCAAUGGAAGCUCAGCUUCAUUGUCUAGUGGGCAGAGGACAGAUCAUCAUCAACUCACGCAAAAAGGGCUUUGUUUUUUUAUAAUCCUUUUUGGUAUUGUGCUGCCUGAAAGCUAACAGUUUCAUUCAUGUUUUAACGAUGUAAUUAAAGUGUUGUAUUUAUUAAACUCAUUUUGUUUGUUUUA